GGGUUGUUGAUAAUAUAUCAAAAUAUCAAUAAAUCGAUAUUUUUUCUGUAAAUGAUAUAUUUAUAUCGUGACAUUUUUUUGCCCUAAUAUCGGUAUUGCGAUAUUUUUUUUGAUUUUUUUUUGAUAUUUUUCCUUCGGUCACUAUGAUUGCGACGCUUUUACCGAGUACACGCGCACGUGACAAAAUGAAUAUAAAAUCAAAUUACACUGAAAUAAAAAAACGGGACUGCAAAAUGCAAACUGUGCGAAAGGAUAAUAAAAACCAGUGGAAACACUUUAAACAUGUCCUCGCACCUUAAAAAUAAACUUUACGAUGUUUUCGUAAAAUGUGCGAAAAAGAAGGUAUGUACAUAUGGCAUAUGUAUGUAUGUGUGUGUAUGUUCAGAUUUCAGAAAGUUUCUACUGAAAAUCGAAGAACAAACGCGUACAUACACGUUGCUCACAACAUAGAUAAAUUUAUUUUUAUUCUUAGCUGUCAACAAACUUCGAAAAUGUCCUCACGAUAACCGAGUCGUUUAAGACUGCUGAGGCGUUUAAAGAUGAUGGUUUCAAAACCAAAGAAAUCACAGACGCAAUCGUUUUUAUGAUUUGUAAAGACAACAUGCCAGUGCGGUGUGUAGAGAAGGAAGGAUUACAAGGGCUCCUAAGAAAUAACUAAUUAACUUGUAAAAAUGUGUGCCGCAUUAUAAAAUGCCAUGCAGAUCUAAGAUCACAACAAUGAUUGAGGAUAAAUACACUGGAUGUGUAGGAACACUAACAGAGAUUUUGAGUUCUGUGGAGGACGUAGCGUUCACCUGCGACGCUGUAACGAUCCCAAACUCGACUCGCUCGUUUUUCACAAUUACAGCUCAUUUUCUACAUGAAGAAUCGCUGAAUUCCAUAUGCCUUAAAGUUUCCAGAAUGGAUCAGAUUUCUGAAGUCGACAGCUCUAAGGAUUUGGGGGACUUCAUGAGCUGCCAUAACAGCUCCAUUGCAAAAGAGUUGGACGAUCAGAACAUGGAGAGCAAGGAGCUUAAACUAUAUUUUAGCUUUCCUCAAGCUGCUUGGGAAAGCAAUCCAAUUGAAGUAUGGAAAGGCCACAAGGCAACAAUGCCGGGCCUUUACCGCUUGGCCAUGAGAUACUUAAUAACUCCGGGAAGCUCAGUGCCUUCAGAGCGGUUGGCGUCCGCCAUAAAAUGGGUAGUGUGCGACUCACGAAGCCGGAUGACGGCUUAAAAACGAGUGUUUUUAAAAUCUCUAAAUUCUAAGUUUUGGCAUUAACAUAUGAAAUGUAUUAUUAUCUGUAAAAUUAUCCGUAUUAUUAUUAUUAUGAUCUGUAUAAGAAAU